CCCGAAGGGCGGCGGAAAAUGCCCAUCGGCAGCCUGCAGGGCACUUACCGCUCCCUGACCGGUUCUAACGCCGUUUACCGGUCCACCACGGUCGCGCCGGCCGGCCCCCCGCCGGCCACCGCCGGCGCCGGCCUCCUGGACGGGUUCAAGAAAGCUUUUAGCUUUGUGUCGGGAACGAGGGCGCCGCCUCCACGAGCCGGAUCCGAGAGACUGCUGGCCGAUCCGACCACGGGAGACGGAAAAGUAACCGAUUUCAGCAGGACUGAUAGCGCUAACACUAACACAAACAGAAAAAUGCCUUCUUCCGGAUUAGCUGAAGAGGCAGCCCUCUUGGGUACUAUGCCUUCUGACAGCAUGGACGAUAUCGAAUUGAAGAACAUCCAGCUGCAAUUCCCCACGGCUCGGUCCCUCUCCAGGGAGGAUUCUUCGGUGAUGGAGGAACCGGUGGAAACGGAUCGCGGCAACAUCGUUGUCGCCGUGCAAGGAUCCAGAAAGAAACCGGCUAUUCUAACCUACCACGAUUUGGGUCUCAACUACGUAUCCAAUUUCCAAGCUUUCUUCAACUACAUCGAUAUGAGAGCAUUGCUGGAGAAUUUCUGCGUGUACCACAUCAACGCUCCAGGCCAAGAAGAAGGCGCCCAAACUCUCUCCGAAGACUAUCUUUAUCCGACGAUGGACGAACUGGCCAACCAGCUCACCUACGUGAUGACCCACUUCGGGCUGAAGCAAUUCAUCGGCUUCGGCGUCGGCGCCGGCGCCAACAUCCUCUGCCGGUUCGCGCUCAACCACCCCGAGCGGGUGUCGGCGCUGUGCCUGGUGAACUGCGUCAGCACGCAGGCCGGCUGGAUCGAAUGGGGCUACCAGAAACUCAACGCCAGACAUCUGCGCUCCAAGGGGAUGACGCAAGGCGUGCUGGACUACCUCAUGUGGCACCAUUUCGGAAGACAAACCGAAGAGCGGAAUCACGACCUGGUGCAGGUGUACAAGAGCUACUUCGAGCGCAACGUCAAUCCCACCAAUCUGGCGCUGUUUAUCGAUAGCUACGUCAGGCGAACGGAUUUGAACAUUCACAGGGAAAUGGACCCGACCAAGAAGAAAAACUCGACGCUAUCGAUGCCUGUGAUCAACAUCACCGGCUCCAUGAGCCCCCACAUGGAGGACACGGUCACAUUCAACGGGCGGCUCGAUCCCACUAACUCCUCUUGGAUGAAAAUAUCAGACGGCGGUAUGGUGUUGGAAGAACAGCCGGGUAAAGUUAGCGAGGCAUUCAGAUUAUUCCUGCAAGGCGAAGGAUACGGUAAGUGAUUCGUAAUGAACGAAUAAAUGCGAAACGUUAAUACUAAUUGUUGCGUUGUUACAUUCCUCGAAAGUGUAUCUAGUAAUCUAGACAUAACUAACGAAUAAGUAUUUGUUAAGAGAUGUUUUUUUAUUUGUAUUUUUUGAAAGAAAAAAUAACGAUACCGGUAUAACUCGAAUAAGGCUUUUCUAAUUGCCACUGAAUUUAUUUACACGCUCAUCACACCGCUUUGCGAAUUUAGAUGACAAAUUUUUUUAUAUAACACAUCGAACUUCCUUUUGAGAAAUCACCUUAAAUCUUCUAACAUUUCUAAUAAUUUCUUAAUAAUCGUUUCUCAAAUGGAAUAAUAAUGUAAAGCCGCUCGUUGUUCGACGGCUCAUCUUCCAAUAACAAUACAAAAUUAUAGUAGAAACGAAACACAAAUCAUACACUGAGUUAUUUUUUAUUUUUACAAUGUUUGCGUUGCGUUGGUUGGAUAUGCGCGAAUGGUAUGUAUUGGUAAAUAAUAUAAAUUUGUUUCGCAUCCAUCGAUUAUAUUACCCGCUAAUUUAUCCAUUCGAUUAUGUUUUUCUCGUUCGACACCACAAUCAGCGAGUUCAGUGAAACUGUGUCCCAGAAUCGAACCCGUACUAGAAAAAUAUUGAGUGCUGAUAAAUCGAUAACGAUUAAAUUUUUACCUAUUUUAUCGACGAAAUCAUACCUAACGUUUAUUUGUAAAUAAACAGCUCACUUAAUAUUUUUCUAGUUUAACCGAACGUCUGUAAUUCUUGAUGAUUACAGGUCGAUUCAAUAAAAAGAAUUCGAAUCUUCUUCCAGUUUAGUAUUCGUCGAAACAUUCUUGCAAUUUUAUGUGACAAUGCUUUGGUAUCGUUCACUGCCUGUUCUAAUUCACCUGCUGUAACGAAGGAAUCUAUAAUAUUCGCGAUUUAAUCGAGAAGUAGAAAUUUUAUUGUUCCUUUAGUGAUGCGGGCGUAUAGAACGAAUUUCUAAUGUGUCAACGCGCUUUACGUAUAUUUACGAAAAUGCAGUUUAUUAACGAUAAUAGAGAUUAGAAAAGACUGUUUCUCUGUUGAGCACAAAUGUUUACUACUUAUUACUAACAUUAGUUUCUUGCAAGCACGGUAACUGGAUGGUAAAUGAAGAUAAAUUUAUUAGCUUUUUUCAUUAUCUUCGUUAAUUUGUUUUGUCUCUAAGUGGCCAUGCUUGCAGGAGGCGAGUUUAAUUUUUACCAUGCUAAACAGAAAAUUUGUUGUGUUAUAUGUACUUUAUUGUAGAUAGUAUUGAUAAAAAUAUAUUCUUUAAAUAAACAUGUACAUUAAAGUUAAAACAUUGUUUGCUUUUACUACCAAACUCGCAAACGCACUCCAUUUCGCUUAUAACCGUUUACUAACAAUUUUCAUCCGAUAAAUUUGCAAGAAAAUUUCCCGAAACAGUUUCCCUGUUACUUUUGAAAGCUUUACAAUUAUCACGGUUGCACAUGCGCAUAUUACCCGUUCCACAUUUACCAUAUUUAUAAUUUUAUUAUUUUUAUUUUUCAGCAAUACAUUUGCAUCAUCGCCC